GAUUCGCUUCGUUUAGUGCGUCUCACUUUCACUCAUUCGUAGCGUUGGCCCUGAGACAUCUUACAGAAAUCACCAAUUUGGUCUGAAAGAAGCUAUAAUUUUUUUUAAGCUGGAUGGAAAAGGGUUUCCCCUAGGUUUUCCCCUGAUAGGGUUUUUCCCCCUAAAUGUUCUUUAUUGAAUACUGCCAUGUAGAAAAGGGAAAGGUUUACCUUGGCGUUCCGAAUAGGAUUUUCAAAGAACAACAAUAAUCGUCGGACUACAUAAGUUAAAUCGAAAUAAAUUUACAGAAUGAAGUCUAAAGUUUCACACAUGGGUCUACAAAAUGCUUACUUUCUCUUGCAAGCAAGGGAAAUUCAACUGAGCAAACGGUAUAAAACGAAUGGUGUUGACGAUUUCAAAGCACAGUUGACCAUCGUUCUCGGUGUCAGUUAGUAAACUACUCCCUCAGCAUGAUUAAGGUUAACAUGAUUUCGGUUAAAUGUUUUGUGCUGCUCGGCUUAGCGCUACUCCAUGGCACUGAUGCAACCAAAGGAAAAGGACGAGGCGGAGGCUACGGCGGAGGUAUGAGUCACGGUGGCGGAGGCUACGGCGGAGGUAUGAGUCACGGUGGCGGAGGCUACGGCGCUGCUCCUCAGCAAAUCAUUUACGUUCCCGCACCACAGCCGGUGAUGGUCUAUUCACCACCUCCUGUCCAUCGCCCACCAGCACCAAGACCAAUUCCUGCUCCCGCUCCCGUUCCUUCUUACGGCGGAGGAGGUGGAAGCUACGGCGGAAGUCACGGGCCAUCAGCUAGAGGCCCUGGUUACGGAGGAUCUUCAGGAGGUGCGCCAGUCCACAUUCAUGUUCAUUCAGCACCUGCUCAAUCGCAUCCGCAACCGAUUCCAUCAUCUCCGUACGGAGGGGGACAUGGAGGUAAUAGCCAAGCUGGGGGUUAUGGAGGAUCGAGCGGGGGUCAUCAUGCUCCUGCUCCGAUGGCGCAAUCUUAUCAUCAGCCAGCUGCCCAAUCCUAUCAACAGCCGAUCCCAAUGUCUUCUUUCGGAGGAUAUGCUCCUCCUAUGGCGCAAUCGCACCAGCCAGCCCCAAUGGCCUCUUAUGGAGCCCCUCCUCAGUCUGCUGGAGGUUAUUAGAAUUCCCAAUUUAUCAUAGAAAUCUUCAAUGAAUAUUGACAAAAUGUAUUCUUUUGGAAAAUAUUAAAUAUAUUACUUUCGAUUAAACAUUUUCAUUGUAGUCCAUUUGUGUUGUCACAAAUAUUAUGCAUCGGCAUUCUGCAAUGUAUAGGAAUCUCAUUUCUAAGGGGCACCAUUGAUUCCUACUUGCCUCACCUA